GGCGGGAUCUUUGCCCGGUCCUACGGAUGACUAGUUUCAGAUGCUUCAGCCUACUUUUGGUGGUUCGCACGGCACUGACUGACGCCUUGCGACUAGCCAUAGGUGACCGACUUCCUCACCUUGAUCACCUUGCCUACCUUUAACAGGGUAUCUUGUGUAAUAAAUACCCUGGCCCUCGCAGUCAUUCCAAAACAAGUCUAAGAUCCAUCGUAUCCUCGGUACUUUUUAGCUUCAAAUGCAUUCCGAGGCCGGCCUUCCUGCUCGGCCGCUUCCCUAACACGGCCAGCACCACGAGCACGCAGAACAACAAAAAAGGUAUUUGCUUCCUGCUGCCUGUUGACCCUGCCCGCUCGUCCUUUAUAAACCGAACUUGCCAUUUGGAAAUUCAAUCUCGAGGUGUUCCCAACAUCGCCCCGCCUACUGCUUUGCCGCGCACCGUACCCAACAACAAACAACAUAGCCAAGAUGAAUUGCAGCGUUUGCCACCGGCCGCAUAAUGUGAACAAGUUGCCGUUUCUUUGCGCCGUUGAUGCGAGGAACCAUGUCUACGAGUGCCGAGUAGAGCUCGCUCAAGCUCUGAUCCAGAAUGAAGAAGCCGAGCAAGAGGUCAACACCACCAUCGUGGCAAGCGAGUCAAACGAGGCGAACGGGUCCGCUGCGUCGCUCCCCAGAGCCCGCCUCGACUGGUUGAAGUCGGAAGAGGAGGCCACCGCCGACAGGACGAGCCAGAUCAUCGCCCAGGCCGACCGGCUCAAGGCCGAGAUUGAUGCGGCACGCAGCGAGAUCGAGGCCAAGAAGGAGUCCAUCGCCCUCAGAAAGUCGGACUUGGAGGCAGUGUCGACGGGCAUCGCUGCCAGGAGGAGCAGGCAGCUGGAAGAGGCGGAGAGGGCUAUUCACAGGACAAAAUACAAAUGGAACCGUAGCGCCGACACAAUGGCGGCAACAAGGGCAUUCCUCUGCGACGAAGCCGCCCGGCUCUAUGGCCUCCGCCAGGUGAAGAAGGGCAGUGCCAAACGAUACGAGAUUGGCGGCGUCGAGAUCGUCGAGCUACAUGCCAUGAACAAUGUGGCGCCCGAGGUGAUUUCUACGUCGCUUGCGCACAUCGCGCACAUACUGGUACUCGCCUCCCAUUAUUUGGCCAUUCGAUUGCCCUCCGAGAUCACGUUGCCCCGCCGUGAAUAUCCGCGUCCAACCAUCUUCUCGCUUGCGUCGUCAUACAGGCACGGCGAAAUCCCAUUUCCUGGGUCAGCCCUCUCGUCCCAGAUUCCGUCUGGUGCAACGCGCGAUGCCGAACCGAAACAGCAUGUCCCGCGCCCCCGACCGCUCUUUAUCGACAGGCCCCUUGCGAUCCUGGCAAAGGAAGACCCGUCAGUCUACUCCCUCUUCCUCGAGGGAGUGUCUCUCCUCGCCUACGAUAUUGCCUGGGCAUGCUGCUCACAAGGCGUCUCUUUUGGCGACAAGGACUCCUACGAGGACAUGUGCAACAUGGGACAGAAUUUAUGGCGGCUCCUUAUUGGCGAUCAGCUGCACCGGCGGUCUGUCGAGCCCGUCUUUCCGUCCUCUCUAACACCCCCCGUAGGCAGCCCCGUGAAGGAUGGCGACGUUGUCGAGGCCACCAAGCCCAAAUCAAUGAUUGGCCGCUGGUCCCACGGGACGGCACACACCUUCCUCGGCGGUGCUGAGGGCACAGAGUUCAUUCGCAACUUCAAGAUCCUGAGCCCGCUGAAGCUCGUGGAUCGGCUGAAGAAGCGGCUCUCGAGCGAGGCGCCAAUGCUGGAGUGGGAGAAAAUCGAGGGCGACGAGCUAGAGGACGGGUUCGAAGACGGAGUUUUAGUAAGAGGCCAUGGACGCAGUGGGUCUGGGAGUCGGGCCACGGAGCUCCUUGGAGCUGCCAGUGUCAUGACUGUUCGGACUUUUGGCACGAGUGCGGGCAUCUCGGAAAAUGGCGCCAGCACAGCCAAAGGCACGAGCGGCUGGACGAAACUGAAGAACAGAUAGGAAGUCGGUGAUACGAUAAAUCUUUGUCAUGUUUGUUGACUGGGGCUUUGCUCGUCGCAGGCCCCAGUUUCAAUCACAAGCUGGGCCAUUCCUAGAGGUUGGUUCUACACGGCCUUGCUGCUUUCGUCUUACCGGCUAUGUCGGCCAGAGGGCUAGAGUCCGAGUCGUUCAUCUAUGCCUGGCAGGAUUCGCACUCGUCUAUCCCGAGCUGGAAACAAGGCCACUGGUCUGUGAAGUAUCCGCUCGAAGGCGGUGCCAAGGAAGUGCAAACUUGGAAUGAGUUUUUCAGGUACGGUAGAUGGCGAGAUCAGGAUGUGUAUAUAAGACAACGGACUGUCUCGCGACUUUGAUGUCAUAGAGUCAGUAGAAUCCAGACACAAAUAUCACAACGGUCUUCCAUCGUCUACACAGGCACGCACAUAUAUUAUCCAACAGUGUCAGCCAAGCCGAAAGGGGUAUUU